AUGAGUAGUCCGGAUGCGGGAUACGCCAGUGACGACCAGAGCCAGGCUCGCAGCGUGCUGCCGGCGGUGAUGGCGGGGCUGGGCCCCUGCCCGUGGGCCGAGGCGCUGAGCCCCCUCGGGGAAGGCAAGGUGAAAGGCGAGGCGGCGGCGGCGGCCAGCGGCGCGCCGGCCGGGGCCUCGGGUCGGGCCAAGGGCGAGUCCCGAAUCCGGCGGCCCAUGAACGCCUUCAUGGUGUGGGCGAAGGACGAGCGCAAGCGGCUCGCGCAGCAGAACCCGGACCUGCACAACGCUGAGCUGAGCAAGAUGCUGGGCAAGUCUUGGAAGGCGCUGACGCUGGCGGAGAAGCGCCCCUUUGUGGAGGAGGCCGAGCGGCUGCGGGUGCAGCACAUGCAGGACCACCCCAAUUACAAAUACCGGCCGCGGCGCCGCAAGCAGGUGAAGCGACUGAAAAGGGUGGAGGGAGGCUUCCUGCACGGUCUCGCCGACCCCCAGUCCACCAUCCUGGGCCACGACGGUGGUCGCGGGGCCAUGGAGGGCCUGGGCUUGCCCUUUGCGGAGCAAGGCUUCGCCGCUGGCCCGCCACUGCUGCCCCCGCACAUGGGCGGCCACUACCGCGACUGCCAGGGCCUGGGCGCGCCCCCUCUCGAGAGCUACCCGCUGCCCACGCCCGACACGUCCCCGCUGGACGGCGUGGAGCCCGACGCAGCCUUCUUCGCGGCCCCGCUGCCCGUGGACUGCCCAGCGGCCUCGGGUGCCUACACUUACCCGCAGGCCUCGGACUACGCAGGACACCCAGAGGCGCCCGCCGGACCCCUGCAUUCCAGGCUGGGCGCGGAGCCCGCGGGCCCUGCGCUGCCGGGCCUCCUCACGCCCCCCAGCGCCCUGCACAUGUACUACGGCGCCCUGGGCUCGCCGCCCCCGGCGGGCGGCGCGCGCUGUUUCCAGGUGCAGCCCCCUGCUCAGCACCCUGCGGGGCCUGGGCAGCCAUCGCCCCCUCCGGAGACCCUGUCCUGUCGGGACAGCGGGGACCCGAACCAGCCAGCCAGUCUCCUCGGGGAGGUGGACCGCACGGAGUUUGAACAAUACCUGCACUUUGUGUGCAAGCCCGAGAUGGGCCACCCCUACCAGGGGCACGACUCGAGUGUGACUCUCCCGGACAGUCAUGGGGCCCUCUCCUCAGUGGUGUCUGAUGCCAGUUCUGCCGUAUAUUACUGCAACUAUCCUGACGUUUGAUGGCUCCCGAGCUGCCAAGCCUACCGGCCAGAGGCACAAACAGUGUUACACACUUCCUGGAGGUUUAAGGAAAUCCUCAGCCUUAAGUUGUUCUGGUUAUUUUCUUGUUUUCAAAUUGCCUUAGCAUAUAAUUUAUGGUAAUUUAUUUUUCUACCACUUGAACAUUUUGGGAGGUAUGGGAAGUUGCGGUUCAAGUUUAGUCCAGAGAUUUACUUUCCGCAGUGGAAUUGUCAGCCUCAUUUCUAAGUUAAGGUGACCCGAUUUGUACGUGCCCCAGAGCAGUCGGCUUCAUUUCCUGAAAGUUUAAUGAUCAAAGAGAUUUUGUUGUGGGUGUGUUUCUUAAAGCUUAAAAAAAUAAAAAGAAAUCUUUGUUUUCACUUUGCAUACUUAGUAAAGGCUGUCUUAAAUCAAUGUUAUUAUUAAGGUUUAAAAUACUUUGGUGGUGACCUUUAUUAUAAUAGUCCCAUAGAUUCUCGUUCUCUUUAAAGGUACAUCCAAAUGGUUUCCAAAGGAAGUUGUGAAAAUGAAUAUUGGGGUACCCUCGUUAGUUUUAAAUGGAUUUGGGUAGAAAAAGAACCCCGUGGAAUGCCCCCUUGCCGUACAUUCUAGGUGGUCUUACUCUCUGAUGUAGUGGUUCAUCUUAUAUGUAAGUUUUUUCAAUUCUAUUCUCUCCCUUUAAAGAGCAGCAUCCAAGUGGUUUUGGUUUCCCGGUUACUAAAUAGCAACCUUGAGACCUGCGUACAGGGGUUUGGGGAAAAUUUGAUUUUUUUAUUGUUUUGUUACACCAGAAAUCUUUCCACCCUUCUCAAUACUAAACUCGCCUUUAAUUUUCACAUGUCUAAAACUUUGGAAAUGUUACUGGGUUUAAGAAAACUUGAAGGAAUCACAGAAACUAAUAAAAACAAAACUGACAUCA